UAUGGCGGCCAAGCACUACUCUAUCGCAGUUGUGGGCUUGGGCUGUAUCGGGUCGGCAGCGUGUCGUCAUCUCUCAAUGUCUUCGCCGGAUCCGAGCACCAUAAUCGGUAUUGGCGAGGCCGAGAGCACUCCAGGUACUGGCUCCAAUUGUAGUUUUCCCACGGUUUUCUCGUCUCACUACGACCAGGGACGCAUCACUCGAGUUGUGGAUCCUGAUGCCGUCUGGUCUCACCUCGCGGCCAAAUCCAUUUCCAACUAUCCAGAAGUAGAGACCAAGAGCGGCAUUUCUUUUCACGGACGCGUCGGGUUUCUCAGAGUCUCUCCAUUUUACGGUGGUGCCGGGGAUAGCCUCGCAAGAUCACUUGAGGUUGGGCUCCAAAACGGUGCCGAGGCAGAGGUGGCGGACGAUGCAAGCUCUCGGUUUCCUUACUUUGGAUUUGGAGACGAGGAUGUUGCGGUGGUCGAGAACGGUGGUGCUGGCUACGUGAACCCGAGAGAGAUGGUGAGAGCUCAGCUCGCCAUCGCCAGAGAAAAUGGGAUCCGGCUCGUCCAGGAAACCGUGACGAGCAUCGAGCGACUUGGAGAGGGUGGUGGUGUGAAGAUCUCAACCAGACGAGGGACGAGUUUUCUAGCUGCCAGAGUCUUGAUUUGCACUGGAGCCUACACAAACUUUCUUCUGCCGAAAAGCUUGCAGCUCGUGGUGAAGAUCAGAGCCGUGUCAGUGGUGCUAGCGGAGAUCGAUGGCGAUGAAGUGAAGAGGCUGGAUGGAAUGCCGUGCUUCAUAUGGCGGCUCAAGUCCAACCCGGUGCUUCAUUCCGUGUAUGGAUGUCCUCCGAUCCAGUAUCCAGACGGGAGAACAUACGUCAAGAUUGGAGGCACUACUUGGCAGCCCAAGAUCGUCUCCACGGAGGAAGAGUUUCUCGAGUGGUUCCGCGGCGCAGGCUGCAAAGUCGAGACAGAUGCUCUGCUCGAGGUGCUGCUGCGGGAGCUUGUUCCGGGGCUGAGAGUGAAGAGCGUGAAGACGAAGCCGUGCGUCGUCUCCUACGCGGCCCGCAACUAUCCUUACAUGGACAAGCUCUCGGACGAGGUGUUCCUCGCGGCUUUCGGCUGUGGAGCCUCGGCAAAGUCCUCUGACGAGAUUGGAAAGAUGGCGAGCUCGCUGGUGUGCAACGGCGAGUGGUCCUACGAUCAGCUCGACUCGUCGCUCUUCCGAGCAGUGUGCGAGUCCUCAACUUGAAGCUCUUAAAGGCCUGCUCUACAGGAUCGGAUAUAAAGUGAUCGAGCAUUCUUUCUAGUCCAGGUGUUACUAGCGAGCGGGAGAAUCUUUGUCCAGUGAUCAAGUAAAGUGACAAUAUAACUCAGUCAUGACCAUUCUAACUAUAUUUUACGCGAAAAAAAUCGCGAGAUGGAUGCGUCGGUGGAGAUUUACCAUGCACGAAUGUGGUCAUCGCCGGGCCCCUUUAAAAAAAUCACCACUCCGUUUGGUGGCCUUCACGAGCUCGAGAGAGACAUUGCAAAGCUUUUAUCGGCGAAGUCGUGCAACAGAGAUGGUGGUAUAUGCGCAUACAUCUCGUGGAGAUAUGCUUGCUGGGAACUGGCAGGUGU